AUGAAUGUGUGGACUGAACUCAAUAGUGAAGCAUAUCAACAAUUGCAUAGUGCAUUAAUUUACAAACCAACAAGAAGAGAAAGUAAAACAAAAGUAGAGGUGAAUGGUCAUUUGAUUGAAAAUAGAAAGAAUUAUGAACAUAACGAUCAAAUUUAUCUUCAUUAUACAUUUGAAAAUGGACCAUUAUCAGAUUUCAAAAAAGAAUAUCGUGAAUUAUGGAAAAAAUAUUAUGUUUAUCCAGGAUCACAUUUCAAAAAUACACGACUUAUUCUUGGUACAAUACUGAAUCGUACAUUACAAAGUCUUUUAAUACACAAGAAGCCUAAACGUGAUAUGUUAACCAGGAUCCAACCAACCACAGAAGCAGCUCAUAGAACAAUAGAGGAACGAUUCCAUUAA